AGAGAGAAAGAGGGGAAGAGGCAGACACUGGGAGGCAGCAGGUUUGUGAGAGCAGCAGCCAGAGGAGGAGGAGGAGGAGGAAGAAAGAAGGAAGGAGGAGGAAUCAGAGCGAGAGAAACAGUGUGGCUGCAGUCAGGAGGGACGCAAACACUGAGAGAGAGAGAGGAGGAGAUAGAAGAGAAGGUUUCCCCUCCUCACCUCACUGACCCAUGAAAGAAGCCAUGCCGGUUCUCACAGCAGGAGCGGGGCUGCACGAAACGCUGGCCCUGCUGACCUCUCAGCUGAGGCCCGAUGCCAACCACAAAGAGGACAUGGUGUUCCUCAAAGACGUCUUCAGCGAGCGGAGUUUGGGCUACCUCAUGAAGAUUCACGAGAAGCUGCGACAGUACGAGCGGCAGAGUCCGACACCUGUUCUCCACAGUGCCUCUUCUCUGGCAGAGGAUGUGGCCGAGGAGCUGCAGAGUGGACCAAUGAGCACAGAGGAGAAGGAGCUGCUGCACCUGUUAACGUCGCCACAUCUCAAGGCAGUCCUCUCGGUUCACGACACCGUGGCCCAGAAGAACUUCGACCCGGUGCUGCCGCCGCUGCCGGACGACUUCGAGGACGAGCUGGAGGAGGAGUCGGUGAAGAUCGUCCGGCUGGUGAAGAACAAGGAGCCUCUGGGCGCCACCAUCAGGAGAGAUGAAGCCACUGGGGCAGUGAUCGUAGCUCGGAUCAUGAGAGGAGGAGCAGCUGAUCGAAGCGGCCUCGUCCAUGUCGGAGAUGAACUCAGGGAGGUCAACGGAGUCUCUGUGAUCCACAAGAGGCCCGAUGAGAUCAGUCAGCUGCUGUCCCAGUCCCAAGGCUCCAUCACUCUAAAGAUAAUCCCCGCCAUUAAAGAGGAGGACCGACUGAAGGAGAGCAAGGUUUACAUGAGAGCCCUAUUUGACUACAUCCCAUUGGAAGACAAGGCCACGCCCUGCCAGGAGGCGGGACUUCCUUUCAAACGAGGAGACAUCCUGCAGGUCGUGACCCAGGACGACCCCACGUGGUGGCAGGCCAAGCGGGUCGGAGACAGCAACCUGCGGGCCGGACUCGUCCCGUCCAAACAGUUCCAGGAGAGGCGACUGGCCUACAGGAUGAAAAUGGGCACGCUUCCGAAUCCAAAAUCCCCUAAAAAGCCUGCCUAUGACCAAGGAUGUGAUAAAGAGGACUGUGACUGUGAGGGCUAUUUCAAUGGACAGUACAUAGUCUCUCCUAAGUGUAAAGCAGUGGCGCCCUCCUGUGGCCAGGUGUUUUCCUGGGAAUUUUAUUCAGCUGGUUUACGGAGGAGUUUCCGGCUGAGUCGUAAGGACAGGCAGGGAUCAUCAGGGGAGGGAUCUGAUCCAGGAGACCCCGACUUCCUGACCUAUGAAGAGGUGACCCGCUACCAGCAGAGGCCCAAUGAGAGGCCACGACUGGUGGUUCUGAUCGGUUCUCUCGGAGCGCGAAUCAAUGAACUUAAGCAGCGGGUGAUUGCAGAAAACCCUCAUCGUUACGCAGUAGCUGUACCACACACCACCAGGCCCAAGAAGCCUCAUGAGAAGGACGGUGUAGAGUACCACUUCGUCACCAAGCAGCAGUUUGACACAGACGCUUUGAACAACAAGUUCAUAGAACACGGGGAAUACAAGGAGAACCAGUAUGGCACCAGUAUAGAGGCGAUCCGCUCCGUCCAGGCCAAGAAUAAGAUGUGCAUAGUAGACGUGCAGCCUGAGGCCCUGAAGAGGCUGCGGACGGCAGAGUUCAAGCCAUACGUUAUAUUUGUCAAACCUCGUGUUCCUGAGAGCCGACGUCGCCGCAGUGCAGCCACUUCACCAGGAGGGGGCGAGCACGGCCGCAUCACGGAUGAAGACCUCCAGGAGAUGCGUCAGUCUGCCAUCCAGAUCGACCAGCAGUACGGACACCUGGUGGACCGCGUCCUGAUCAAGGAGGACUCGGCCAGCGCUUGUGCAGAACUGCGAGGUAUUUUGGAGAGGCUGGAGCGAGAAUCCUUCUGGGUGCCUCUCUGCUGGGUGCGGACCUAAACUUUAACAACACCCCCCCCCCCCCCCCCCCCCCCCCCCCAAAACCCCUUCUGGAGGAACUUCACAGUCCCAAGCCCUGCACUGCUCCUCUCCUGAUGAGCUGAUCCCCUCCUCCUGGCCUGCUGGCCAGCCUGGAGUCUGCAGAACUCCACAACCUGACUGUCAGAGGGCUAGUCAGCCAAAAACCAACUGAGGCACCCGAAAGAGAGGAUGAUGUCAGGGGAUCACCUCAGUUUUGCAGCAGGUACAUUGCCCAAAAGUCACAGUCUUACUUCCUCCAAUUUAUUCAGGUUUGGUUUUAAUCUGUUUAUUGACUUCAAAGGCAAGAAAGGGAUCAAAGUUUGUAGUUUAAAAAGUAAUGGUUUAUUUUAUUGCUCUCGUAUUUUCCAAGUAAUUUCAUGCAUAAUUUUGCAACGAUUAUCUUUUAUUUAACUGUAAAUUACAAAAACAUCAAUGCAACACAAUUUGGAACUAAUUUCAAGGGGGAACCAGGAAGCUGUAGCUGUAGUGCUUGCUCAUUAUAUUCCAAUUUAAGAGACAAACAGAAAUUUAUGUUGCAGACAACUAAAACAAUAGAUGAUUAAGGGAUUCCAAUAUACAGCCAAAUUUCCUAGAAUGAAAAUUAUUGAUUAUUUAGAAAAUGUUAUGCAUUUAAUUAAAUCAAAAUUAAUUCAUUUGUCUGUAAAAAAAAAAGUGUACUACUCAGGAUGUGAGUUUGUGGAUCAUCACGCAAAGAAAACAAAAUCUGAUAAGUAUCAUGUGCUGCAAAAUGUAAGAGCUGCGGCUGUCGAUCAGUGACGCUUCAGUGUCAUCAUUUAAUCAGCAAAAGAGCUCCUGAACAUUUCAGCUGCAGUAGUCUCCUCAUUUAACAACCACACCUCUUAUGUAUUAAAUUAUAGCCUUUGUGAUUUGCUAAUUGCACUGCUUCAAUUUGAAAUUAAUUGUCCAGCCAAAGUUUCUACUUAAUGAAAUCAUAUAAAUGAGCCAUAUUUCAAUUUUAUCUGCUCUCUGCACACAGUUUUCUCAUUAAAACACGAGUUUCACAUUCUAACAAUGACAUUUUUUAAUACAACAAGAAAUUGACCAGUGUCCUGUUCUCUGGUGUGGCAGUCACAUGCUUUCAUAGCAUGAUGUUAAAACAUAAAACUACAGAACCUCCAGUGCAGCUGAAAACUAGAAUUGCUUGUAUUGAUUCAAAUGCAUUUCAGUCUGACCUGCAAUAGGUUUUUGAUUACAUCAGUGGGUAACUAUUGAUUUAUUCGACAUUUAUGCAGUGUUUUGGUUAAAUUUCAAGACUUAUUUGUAGUUUUCAGAAAACUUCAAAUCAGCACAUGGAAUCAAAUUAAUAAAUACUUUAUUUUCAAGUGGGUUACUUAUCUAAUACAUACAUUUUUGUUAAAUAUACUGAGCAGGUUCUUAAUAAAUUUCUCCUGAACCUGGAUAUAUUCUUGUAACUACAGCUAUUUGGGGGAAUGUUGCAGAAACUGAUCCAUGAAAUUAUCUGGAAAGCAUGUGAUAAAAUAGACCAGAUGUUUUAUUCCUCACACUGAGAGCUUCAGGUUUGGGAUCCCACUCAGAGGAUUUCUCAGUCAGCUUUACUGUGACUCCUGUUGGAGUAACUUUUAGUAGCAUGUUUUUUUUUUUUUUUAGUUAAACAGCUUUACUCAACUCAGCGCCAACUGCAGAAUGCUUCCUGUUUAUUCCUACUGCUCAUGCAUCCUGUACAGUAUACGAGCCUGUUAUACAACCAACACAACAGGAAAUACAGAGUUAAAUGAAUGCCAUCCGACACUAAUUCAUUGUUUUUGCUAAAUAUAAUUUCCACGGAGAUUGUAUCCAAAUGGAAUGUGAGAAUUUUAUUUUCUACCAAACUGUCUGUUUUUAGGAAAUGCAUGAUUAUUUAGUAUGUAAAUAGUGUAAAUGUUACUCCUUGUGUGCCAACGAAACGUCUCGUAGCACUUCAAUGCAACCUGUUUACCUUGGAUCCCCGGGAACCCACGUCAGUUUGUGUGUUUAAAAAAACAACAAAGAUGUGCACAAAGUGUGUGUGGAUGGAUGUCACAGUGUGUGUUCACGUAUGCCAACCUGCGAUGCUCCUUUUACAUACAGGAAUGGAUUUUGUACAGUUUCUUUGUACAUACAGCAUCUGUGUUUUUAACUGUAAAACAGGGUUGGACACUAGCUGGCUUUUCUUUGCAUUAUGUGAUAGUAAAAUCACAAAUUGGGGUUUUGGUUGGGCAGAAAGUAACAAUUUGAAGGCAUGAUGUUACACAAAUAAUUCUUUAAAAUGAAAACUCUACAUCCAAUUAAAGGCCUGGCAUUGACAUAAAAUACAGUAUAAAUUUUAUAUCAUCCAAGCAUUUAGUGUAGCAAAAUAAAAAGGUUGCAAUUGUUCCUUUUCCCUGCACUGGCUGUGAAAACAUACCUAUUGGAAUGGAAUUAAUGGGUUGAAAUCUUGCUCCGUUUCCCAGGUUUGGGUUAAUCCAAGUCCAGAAAUUUUUCUUAAAAACUAGGGAUCACAGAGAUCUUCUCACAGCCACAAUGAAAGGAAGAAUUGAAGCAACCAACAGCUCUUUCUUUGGCAUGUGUUAUGCAUCAUUUAAAAAAAAAAAAAGUGAACCAAUCAGGUAAAAACUCUGUAUCACAGGUAUUUGCAAAGCCAAAGCAGCUUCCAGAUCCCCUCUGUUCUUUGUUUUUCUUUGUAUAACAUGAAAUAUUUAAACUGCUGUAUGAACCAAGAAACCCAGAAUGUUGAGUUUGUAACCUGAAAUGUACAAAGUGCCAUAAUAAAGCUAGCUGAAUCUAA